AUGACACGGAUCAAAUCGCUCGACCUGGCUCAAACAGGCUCAAACCCCUUGAUUCAAACACGCUUUGUGUUUAGUCAUCUCCCGACUCUGAAUAUUUUUGGCGGCAAGAUGCGCUGGAACAUGCUUCUCACCAGAUCUAGAUCUCUCACAGAAUCAGUCGCCGCUACAAAAUUUUAUCAUCUGAUCAGUGAUGUCAACUUUAUGUCGGAAUUGUUCGAUUGCUCCACUACUCGUAUAAACUUCCUUCAAAUCUCAAACUUGCUCGAGAUUGAAUUAAGAAUUUUGUCAUUUUUGCUCAAAGAUCAGGUCUAUCCUAGUGAUCUUUGGGAAAUCGUUGUUGAGCGCACUAUAGAAGCGAAGCAAGAGGCAAUACUGCGACAACACCAGCGCAUCCGGGUUGUAUUGAAGCAUCUGCUCAUGGAGGAGAGGAAGAAACGAGGUCAGAUGGAGGUGUCUUUGUAUAGCCAGGCCAUCGACCACUUGCAGCAGCAUCAGAUGUUCUCCCUGAAGUGCAUCAGCCCUUCGUUACCCUUGUUGAACACAUGGGUCACCACCGACGUCCAGGAAACUUUCCAUCAUGCGCUUUACGCAGAACAAGCCUGUCAAAUAGGACUUAUGGCACUGACCCUUACUAUUAAGGACAACAAGGACAACCAUCUAUAUGAGCGCAACAUCGUGUCAGAGUUUCUUAUCUUACACGCGAAGAUGUGUCAUGCCCAAGCUGAAACAGACCUUUAUGCAAUGGCCAUUGAACAUGCUCGUGAAUUCAACUUUUCUGACAACACUAGUGUGACGUCGUCUCCCAGUCAAUUUAUCCCACCACCUCUACCUGACGAGUUGCGUUACUAUGAUGGGGACCCUGGCGAUGAGACAGACGACUCUGACGACUUUGACUCGGAAUUUCCAUAA